AUGUCUUUCCUCGCCUCCCUCCGCACCUCCUCUCGCCAGGCCAUGCGGUCCAGCUUUGCUGCUCCCGCUUCCACAUUCCACACUUCAGCAGCCCGACGCCUGCACGAGGAUGACAAGGAUCAAGACCGCGAUAACCUCUCCGAACACUACGAGGCUCACAAGCAAGAGAAUCUCAAGCGCACGAAGGAGGGUAAGGGCAAGUGGACGGCUGAGUUGGCCAGCAACAGCGAGGAAAAUGUGAAAGCUGAUCGUGGCGAGUACGGUUCUGAGUCCAUUGAGACUUUGCAGCAGCAGACGAAACACGCUCCCCGCGAGAAGCACGAUUGA